GACUUGAUGUGGAAGAACCUGAUCGUGCGGUUGUAAAAGUUGUAGAGGAUUGUUCUUGCUUUAUUACUAAUACUGGUAAUAAUAAAAUUCGUUCAAUUUCUUUUGCUGUAUUAGCUUCAAAAAAACUUUCAUAUUUUGAUAAAUGA